AUGUCUCAAAUGGAUACAUCCGUUGGCAUUGAUUGUCUUAUUAAACCUACAACUGAUAUGGUAGAAAUGACUUUGAUCACAAGUAAUACUCGUCGACGACAUAUUGAAUAUUUACCUUAUCCAGAUGAAAAUUUUAUUGAAGAACCUCUACAAUCCUAUCCACAUGAAAAACGUUCAUUGGAAGAAAUCUAUUUGAAACGUAAUAAAACAUUUGUUGAUGGGGUACCAGUGGAAGUUGUUGACAUAACUGGAGUUAGAGAUUAUAAUCCUGUUACAGAGUUUCUUUAUCCUUAUCUAUAUACAAUAACAGUUCGUCAUGGUUCUGCAUUUGAAUGGACCAUACAUAAACGUUAUAAACAUUUUCAUGAUCUUCAUAAAGCUCUUGUUCAUUAUGUUGAAGAUAUAACGAAACGAUCAUUAAGUAGUUUAAACAAAAGUGAUUUAUCAGGAAAAAAAUCGAAUAAUGAUCAAAGUUCUUCAUUAAGUAAAAAACAUGAAGAUCAACCAUGUUUUCCAACUCGUAAUGAUCGAAUUUCAUUUAUAAAUCAAUUUACAAUUGGAGAACGAUGUAAAACAUUACAAAAUUAUUUAAAUAAAGUAUUAAAACAUCCAAAAUUUCGUGAACAUAUCGCUAUGAAAGAAUUUCUUGAAGUAAGUCCAUUAUCAUUUGUACAAGGUUUGGGUAUGAGUAUAAAAGAAGGUGCUAUUGCAAAACGUUCAAAAGAUGAUUUUCGUGGUCGUUCAGUAUUUCUUCGAGCUCCAUUUAUAUGUGAUAAAUUUAAAUUUCAUCAUGGACAAAAAUGGUUUGUUCUUAAAGAUUCAUAUCUUGUUUAUAUGAAUCCUGAUUCAGCUUUAAUUGGAUUUCCAAUGCUUAUUGAUAAAGGUUUUUCUAUUGAACAAGGUUAUAGAAAAACUGCAACUAAUAAUGGUAUUAGAAUUAAAAAUUUACAACGUGCAAUGCUUAUUAAAUUUGAAACAGAUGAUGAACGAGAUAUUUGGUUUGAUUGUUUAAUGAAUAUUAAAAAUAAAUCUCCUCUUAUUGAACAACAUUCAUUUAAUUCAUAUGCACCAAAAAGACAACGACAAUAUGCUCAUUGGUUUGUAAAUGGUCAAUCAUAUAUGGAAGCCGUAGGUAAAGCUAUAUUAGCAGCACGAGAAGAAAUAUUCAUAACUGAUUGGUGGCUUUCACCUGAAGUUAUGCUUAUUCGUCCUUGUGAUGAUGAUUCAAUGCGACUUGAUAAUCUACUUGGUAAACGAGCUGAAGAAGGAAUUCGCGUUUAUAUAAUGAUAUUUAAAGAUAUUGUAUCAGUUGUUGGUUUAAAUAGUUGGCAUACAAAAUUAAAAUUAACGGCUAAAAGUCCAACAAAAAAAAAUAUAAAAGUAAUUCGACAUCCUGAUCAUAGUGUUGUACCAGGAACUGAAUCAUCAUUUCUUUUUUCUCAUCAUGAAAAAACUGUUGUUAUUGAUCAACGUAUUGCUUUUAUUGGAGGAAUUGAUCUUUGUUGGGGAAGAUGGGAUACAGAUGAACAUAGAUUAAUCGAUUUGGGUGAUGAAAAUGUAGUGGAACUGAAGCUUACAAAUGAAAAAACUGAUCAACCUGCAGAAGAAGCUGCUGUUGCUACUACAGAAAAAAUGGCAGAAAAUUCUCUUGCUGAAAACACUACUUCUUCAAGCAAAAUUACAAAAGAAUUAUUUAAUCAACCAAAAUCUGAUCAAGAAGAAAAAAAACCAUUAUUAAAAUCAAAUCAAAAUCAAAAUCUUAAUGAUGAAAAAAUUAAUAAGAAUAAUACUAAUAUUACAAAACCAACAGUAACCAAUUUUCGAACUGCAUUAAAUAGAACUGAAAUAAAACUUUUAGCUGAAGAAGAAGAUGCUGAACAACGACCUCAUAAAUAUCAAAAACAAUGGAAAAAAAUAAUUAAAAAAGUUCAAAAAAAAGAAACUGAAGAUUCAUCAGAUGAAGAUGAAGAAAUUCCACAAGAACCAAUUGAUGAAAAACCUAAAACAAUCAUUGGUGUAACACCAGUUCUUGAUAAAAAAUGUCGAUUUUUUAUGGGCAAAGAUUAUUCAAAUUCUUAUGAAAAAGAUUUUGAAUUUAUUGAAAAAUUUGAUGAAGAUUAUAUUGAUCGUAAAACUUCUCCACGAAUGCCAUGGCAUGAUGAAGCUUUAGUUGUUACUGGAGAAGCAGCAAGAGAUUGUGCCAGACAUUUUAUUCAACGAUGGAAUAUUCAUAAAGCAGGUAAAUUUCGUUUUAAUGAAUCGUAUCCAUACAUUCUUCCAAAGAGUUAUGAUGAUGAUCAAUUAUUUGAUUCAUCAAUACUUUUUGAUAUUCUUGGAGAAAAACAAAUACCAAUGCGUGUUGAUGCUCAAUGUGUUCGUUCUGUUACAUUUUGGUCAUGUGGAACACGUACUGUAGAACAUUCAAUACAAAAUGCUUAUAUUCAUAUGAUUGAAAGUGCUCAACAUUUUAUUUAUAUUGAAAAUCAAUUUUUUGUUUCCAUUGCUAAUGAUGCAACAAUUAAAAAUUUAAUUGGUGAUUCACUUUAUCGUCGAAUAAUUCGUGCUGCUACUAAUAAAGAAAAAUUUCGAGUUUAUGUUGUUAUACCAUUAUUACCUGGAUUUUCAAAUGUUAAUGCUGUUCAAGCUGUUCUUUAUUUUAUAAUGAGAUCAAUUAAUAAAGGAGAAACAUCACUUUUUCAAAGAUUAAUACGAGAUGGUGUAUCUAAUCCUGAAGAAUAUAUAUCAUUUUAUGGAAUGCGUAAUUGGGAUAUAUUAAUGGGUCAAUUAGUAACAGAAAUAAUUUAUGUUCAUUCAAAAUUAAUGAUUGUUGAUGAUCGAAUAUGUAUUUGUGGAUCAGCAAAUAUAAACGAUCGUUCUCUUCAAGGUUCUCGAGAUUCAGAAUUUUGUUUAGUUGUUAAUGAUAUUGAUAUGAUUGAUUCACAAUUAAAUGGUCAACAACAAAAAGUUGGAAUUUUUUCUUCAACAUGGAGAAAGAAAUUAUUCAGACAAUUAUUGGGUAUUAAAAAUGAAGAAGAAAUGAGUGUUGAUGAUCCAUGUUCAGAUGAAUUUUAUCAAUAUUUUCGUCAAACAGCAAAAAAAAAUGCACAAAUUUAUGAAGAAGUUUUUAAUACAUUACCUACUAAUCGUGUUAAAACUUUUACUGAAGUUGAAAAUUAUGUUCAACCACCUAAAUUAAGAGAUACAGAUCCAUUAACUGCACAUGAAAAAUGUAAACAAAUAAAAGGUUUUGUUGUUGAAUUUCCAUUAGAAUUUUUAGCUGAUGAUUUUCUAAUGCCUAAUUGGACAACAUCAGAAGGUAUUGCUCCUAUUCUCUUAUGGACAUAA